AUGCCAGACCCAACCAUGUACGGUCUCCCUCCCGGGACGGACAUGUGCACCAUCCUGGGCAGCACACCUCCAGAAGGCAAAGUUCUCAACUUUGUCGACCCUCCGAGCCUUAAACCGGGGUUAAUGGCCGUUUGUUUCAUCCUCUGUCCUACCGCCCUGGUGCUCACGGUGGGGAGACUGAUUGCCAAUCGGAAGAUGUGGAAAGCGGCUGAUUACUCGUCGAUGGUGAGCGUGAUUCUGCUCGUGGGCAUGAUUGGCAUGGAGUUAGGUGUCAAUAGCUACCACGACUACGCCCGCCAUCAAUACGACAUCCCCCUCUGCUAG